UUGUUUAUAUUGUUUUUUCUCUCACGGGAAUAUUAUUUUAAAAUUGAUGUUAAGAAGAGGUUUGCUGGGAAACCUCAACUUUACAAUCCUUAUAAUGUCAUUGAUGAUAUCAAUGAGAACCUUUCAGAUGAUCAGAAGGAGUUGUUUCGCAAGUCUCCAUUUGGCCAUUUUCUUGAUGUGAGCAACUUUAACUAUCAGAUACAGCUGAUUGAUCUCGUUCUUUUGCGGCAGAUUCACACCAAAAGGGAUGAUGUUGAGCUUUGGUUCAAAUUGGGAGACAAGGCUGUUCGUUUUGGAAUUGAAGAGUUUUCCCUAAUAACCGGUUUGGAUUGUACUAAAUCCUAUGAUGUUGAUCUCUUCAAAUCAAAGAAGUUGCUUGCUUACAAGGAGGGUAUUUUUUGUAUGCAUGGGCUGACUGAGAAGCUUACGGUGAAGGAAGUUGCUAGUGUUUUCUUCAGUGGUGCGUUGAAAGAUGACGAAGAUUAUGUGAAGAUAGCUCUUGUAUACUUCUUUGCUGGGUAUUUGUAUGGUUAUCCCCAAGGGAAAAAGAUUGACAACUUUAUAUUUGCUAUGGUUAAUGGGGAUGAUUACAUUGAAGUGUUUAAUCGGUUUGGAUGGGGGAGAUUAUUGUGGGAAAAGACUUUUUAUCACUUGAAGAUUGCAUUAAAAGAUGGAAACGAUACCUUUGAACAGCUUGCUAAGAAGAAGAUGAUUGAGAAGGGUUACAAGCUUAAAGGAUUUCCUAUUGCAUUUCUUAUUUGGCUGUACGAGAUUAUCCCGUCUUUGUCUCCUCGAUUUUGCAAAAGAAUCAGCAACAAGAUUCCUCGUGUUUAGAAUUGGGAGAAUAGCCCUACAACGGAGUUUAGUGAGUUGAUUCAGGGUGUGUUUAACAAUCUGAAGGUAAUUUUUUUUUUUCAAAUUUCAUUUUUUGGUUAUUGUUUGUUUUAUUUUUCUUCGAUUUUUUUAAAUUGUUUUGUGUUUUUAUAUUUCCAGAUUGUUGUAAAGGAUUUUGUUGCUUUGAGUGGUGAAAAAUCUCAAAGUAUUUUUUCUAAAUUCAAGUUUGAUCCUAAAUAUGUUUCGAAGAGGAUUGGUGGUGCUGUGUCUUCUGAUGAAGUUAAUGAUCAGGUCAAUGUAUUAAAAACCGGUUUCUAUUUGCAUUUCUUUUGUGUAUGUUUAUCAUUACAUAUUUUCAUGUUUUUUAUGUAUACUAUUCAAGUUUCUCAUGGAAAGUUGGACCAGAUUUGUGUUGAAUUGAAUUCUAUCAAAGAGUGUCAACAACAAAUUAAGGAUGGUAUUUCUAGUUUGAGGAUGGAGUUUUUGAGUGAGUUUGCUAAAUUAGUAGAAAUUAUCAAUGGAUUGAAGAAGAAGGAGAAUGAUGGCAGUUCUAAGGAUUCUGAAUUUUUUUCAUCCCCUAUAAGAGAGGUAACUAGUUUCUUUGUUUAGUGUUUUUUGAUUAUAGGUUUGUUGUUUAUGGUUUUAUUAUAGUUUUUUUUAUCAUCUUGUUGAAACUAGUUUCUGUAUUGAAUGUGUUAUUAUAUUGUUUUCCACAGUUGUUUGAAACAGGUUUCUGUUUUGGGUUCGGUUGAGAUACGGUUUUUCUGUUUAUUGACACUGGUUUCUGGUCUGGGAUUAGGUCUCUGUCCCUGUGUUUUUUUUUGUAAGAAACGAGUUUCUUUAUUUAUGUUGUUUUUGGUUUUUUUUUUAUAGUUUUUUCAUCAUCUUGUUUAAUUUAGUUUCUGUAUUGGAUGUGUUAUUGUAUGAUUUUUGACUGUUAGUUAAAACAGGUUUCUGUAUUAGGUUGGGUUGAGAUACGCUUUUUCAAUUUAUUGAAACUGGUUUCUGGUCUUUGUUUAUGUCUAUGUUUUUGUGUUAUUUUCUGUAGGAAACCAGUUUGUAUAUUUAUGUUUAAAAUCUGGUUUCAAUUAAUUUAUGGUUCAGGCGUACUAUCAGGAUAUAUCGGAUGAUGGUGGUGGUUUACAGUUGUCUGUUCAUACUGUUGAAGCUGAGGUACAAGCUUUUUCACAUUUAUAUUUUGCAUUGUUUGAAUGUUAUUGUUUGUUCUAAAUAUUUUUUCUUCAAUUUUAUAGGAGGAAAAGGACACUUUGAAUUUUGAAAAUAUGUUUAUCGAUCCUGAUUUUCUUAAGGGUGUGGUUGAUAGCACUGUUAAGAGUGCUUUGAAGACAGAUGAUGUUUCGUUUCAUGAUGAUAGUGAUAAGUUGAGUUUGGUUUUGUACGAUGAAUCAUAUUUGUCUCCGGAGAUUCAAAAGAGGCAGCCAAAACCAAGCUCUGUUGUUCUGUCGCCAUAUGUUGUGGACUUUGGGUCUUCUUCAUCUUCAAAGGAAGACUUAAUGAGGAUUGUGCAAGAUGAUAAAUUUAUUGUGCAUGGAAUCAAUCCUUUUAAAGAUGAAAUUGGUUAUAAUACUGGUCCUGAGCAGUGCAUUAAGUUUUCAAAAUUUAUUGAUGAGAACAUAGUCAUGAAUAGGGGUGUGAAGAAGUACUCCGACGCGGACAACAUCUUAUCUCCACCGAUGGAUUUUUCUUUCAUUGAAAUUUAGGAGAAGAUGUGGUUCUACUAGCUUCAUGCUUGUGGUGAAUUUCUGUGUGACAGUGUAAGAAACUAGUUUUUUUUUUUAUUAUUUUUUAUGUGUUUGAUGUUUAUGUAGUCUAUAUUUCUGGUAUCGGUUCUUUCAAAAACCGGUUUCUCAUACAUGUGUUUAUUGCUUUUCUGUAGCAUUUAGAUGUGGUAUUCUACUACCUUAGGAAGAAGAUUAAGCAAGACGAUACUUUGAACUAGAGGAUUACCACUACCGAUUGUUUGUUUGAUCAAGUCAUAUGGAAUUCCUACAAUCAGUUCUUGAAAUCGGGUUCUAAUCCUUCUAAGAUUGACUUUGAUAAUGUCAUUCCUAGAUACAUUGUUGGUGAGUAUUUGUUUUGCAAUACUCCUUGGGUGCUUACUGACCAUGUUCUUAUAUAUGUCAAUAUUCAAAAGCAAAAACAUUGGAUAUUGGUC